AUGUUGUUGCAGAUUCUUCGCUUCACGCUCCCAACUUCCACCACAAUCUCAAGCACUGCAUUCUCGAGCAUCAGAAAAGCUGUGGCAACAGCUGGCGCUCAGAUCCAGUACUUUGGCUACUCGGUGCAAACUCGAGCGGCGCCCCUGCCCAAGAAGAAGCAUGAAGUGUCCUGGAUAAUCCAAUGGCCGGAUAACUUGGACCUGUCUCAGCGACCCGCUCUCAGAGAGCCUUUCGAUGAGCUGUCGCAGAACAGCGCCACGAGCUUUCUGGUCGAGGUUGUGCAUGACGACCCAAAUAAUCUGCUGACCGCGUUGAGAGCGCCUAUUUGCGAAGUGGUCGCAAUGAGAAUGAAACCGAACGCGGCUCUUUCGGUUCCUCCACUUGAGACAUCGAUGCACAAGACGUAUACCGACUGCUACCAGAUGCAAGGCUUUGUGGGAGGCGAUUGGGGCUAUGCGGUCAAUACUAACUCUACUGGAGGCGGAGAUGUGGAUUUGGUUGAAGGGCGGCUCCAAGGUGAGCAACGCAGGCUUGCGAUAUACUUUCUCGGAUGGGAGAGUGUCGAGCUCCACGAGGAUGCUGGCACUACUGCUAUAUUUGCCGAGGAGAUGGACAAGCUGGGGCCGUGGAUGGAAAAGGAGAGCGGCGCGUGGUAUGUCACGCUCAAGAAACAUGAGUAG